AUGCAACUCCCAAGUCUUCUACGACAAAGCGCUGCCGGAGGGUUGCUAUGUGCGGCUUUACUCACGCCACUUAUAGGGGCCUCUCCCUCUAUCAACGUCGCUCUUGAGACCUCCUUUUCUGCUGCACCUUAUCUGGUCGAGCUGCUGGAGACAGCCGCUCUCGAGAAUUCAUCAUCAUACUUUCCUCUCCUCGAUCGCAUAGCGGACGGCGCAUUUGUCGAUUUGCAGACGGAGCAACAGCUGUACAAUAAGUUCAUAGAAGUGUUACAACAAGAUGGUCACCUUUCCAAUCCCGAGUCUCUCUCCUCGUUCAAAUUCGCCCUGGCCCUCCAUGCCGCGGCUCCACGGGUUGAGGCCCAUUUUCAAUAUUACAAUCAUUCGGUCCAACCGCAUUUGAUGGCUGCGCAGGACGCCGCCUGUCCGGUCUGGGUGUAUCUAGAUGGCCAGCAGUACUGCUCGCCCGCGCUAGAUCGAGCCCAACAAGCCGUGUCUAUGCCAGAAGCAGAAGAAUUACUACCCUUCGAUCGGGUUCUAGGAUCCAAUAUUGAAGCACCGCCUUCUAUUCUUUAUGCCGACGUCACCCACCCGUUGUUCGGCCAGUUCCACACCAUAAUCAGCCAAACGGCCCGCGAAGGGCGGUCGACGUAUAGACUGAGGUAUCGACCCUCGGCUGUUGCGGCUAGUCAACCUCUGUACGUUAGCGGCUAUGGUGUGGAGUUGGUCCUCAAGCGGACGGAUUACAUCGUCAUUGAUGAUCGAGAUGCCCAGAAGUCUGAAGCGUCCAAACCUGAGCAGGUAUCCUUACAGCAAGCUGAGGAUGACGAUCUUACUGAUCUGAAGCCAUUGACCAGCUCCGAAGUUGUCAGCCUAGGCGUAAAUGCUGCUAGCCUUAUUGCUUCAAGUCCCGACCCGUUGGAAAGACUGCUCCAGAUCACUUCCGAUUUCCCUCGAUACUCUUCUGUCCUUGCUUCUACCAACGCCAGCAAAGAGUUCCUCGCAGAGCAUAGAGCUAAUCGUGAGCAAUUUCUGCCGUCCGGAUACAACGUCUUCUGGAUCAAUGGUGUGCAAAUCGAGCCACGGCUUAUCAAUGCAUACUCCCUGCUUGAGCAUCUUCGACGGGAGAGGCGCAUCAUUGGCAAUUUGCAGAAGAUCGGACUGACGCCUUCUGAGGCCGUCAGCCUCAUGUCGAGCGAGGUCAUUGCUGAAACUCAGGCCAAUGAGUCUCCUCAGCGUUUCGACUGGCGAGAUGACCUUGAGGAGAACAAGGUGUUAAUGUGGCUGAAUGACCUUGAGCAAGACAAACGAUACGCUGCUUGGCCUUCAAGUCUACGAGCUUUGUUUGGACGAGUUUAUCCUGGACAACUCCCUCAGGUAGCUCGUGACAUUCACAAUUUGGUCGUCCCCAUUGAUGUGACUGAUCUAAAAGACAUCGAACUUGUUACUACAGCACUCCAGAACCUAGUCAAAAGAUCAGUCCCAAUCAGGAUUGCCUUGGUUCCGACCGGUGUUGGUGCCAUCGCUGAUACCUAUUCCAAAUUGUCAUACCACAUCCUGGACACGUACGGUCUCGGCACGUUGAUGUCGUUCUUCACUGAAAUCACUACGAGCAAAAAGCUACCAGAAAAUCCGCAAAAGGUCUUUACGGCCACAACGAAGGACCGCCCCGUCCGCGAAGGCAAACAGGCAACACCGUAUGAGGAGAUCCUGAAAGCCGAAACCCUAAACGACCAACUCAAAGCACGAGAUAACUAUGUGAAGCGCUUGGCUCUUGCAAGUUCGAGUCGACCUUUUAUUGUGAAUGGCGUUGUUCUACCCCGGAGUGAAAAUUGGUUCGAAGUACUGAGCUCGCGAGUCUUUUCCGAUCUGCAAUUGUUGCAGCAAGCCAUCUACGAGGGUGCUAUAGAAGAGGAUGGGUGGGUCCCUGGAAUACUUCUAUUUGCAGCUGCCACACGCCGCAAUGAACUGGUGUUUCCAAGCGAUCCCAAGGACGUCGAGAUUGUGGACGUGAGUCGCCUGACGAACGACUUCGCAGACCAGUUUGCCUCCUUACCACGGGUCCCCGGCAAUGCUGCAGCGCUUCUGAGCGACCGUGCUCAUGUGUUGGUGGUCACUGAUCUAAAUACCGCUGGCGGCCGGGGCUUUCUCCAGCAGUCACUUGACUUUUGGGAAACUCAUCCCGAAGCUGAUCUCCUGCUAUUGCAUAACCCAUCAUCAAAGACAGAGCCCACUUCUGUGGCUUCUGGAUUGCACGCUCUGACACGACAGAGUCGAGACCUCACAAUUGAGCAAGUACGAACCCUUUUGGAACAAGACACUACUUCAUCGGAGGGAGAGGAAGAAGCUGGGAGAUUCUGGGCUUCCUACCAAAACCUCCUGAACGAAGUAGGUCUGGCGGCGGGCCAGAAUGGGUUGUGGCUGAAUGGACGUGUCAUUGCCCCGGUAGAUGAAUCCUUUGAGGCCACCGAUUUCGAGUCACUGCUCGAAUACGAGCGUCGAGAAAGGAUCGCUCCUGUGACUACUGCUAUCACCGGCCUAGGACUUGAAGAACGAUUCGGUGACGCUCUGGACGUCGCGAAAGUCACGUCCCUUGUGGCAAGGUCGCUCAAGUCUGAUCUGCCUGAAGGCCUCAGAGAGUCCGCACCACUUAUUCGGAUGGAUCGCUUCAAGGUCUGGAAUGACACAUACACGUCCUUCAAGACUUCCAAUGGCGAUAAUCCCACAAUACAAGUUGUUGCUGUGGUUGAUCCUGCGUCGGAGAUUGUACAGCAAUGGGUGCCGCUAUUGAGGACUCUGUCUCAGCUCAGGGGAGUCAACGUGAAAAUCUUCCUGAACCCGAAGGACAGGUUGACUGAGCUUCCCGUGAAACGUUUCUAUCGCCAGGUGAUUGGCUCGGAGCCCACCUUUGAUUCUGACGGAUUUCUGCAAAAGCCCACGGCGUCCUUCCAGCGGAUUCCCCGAGAUACACUUUUCAACCUUGGGAUGACGGUGCCGCCGUCGUGGCUUGUCGCGCCGAAAGAGUGUACAAAUGAUCUCGACAACAUCAAACUUAGCAGCGUGGCCGAUGGCGAGAACAUCGACGCAUUGUAUGAGCUGGAGCAUAUAUUGAUCGAGGGGCAUGCUCGGGAUGUAACGACUGGUCCACCUCCGCGGGGUGUACAGCUUUUGCUUGGUACAGAACAAGAGCCACACUUUACGGACACCAUCAUCAUGGCAAAUCUAGGCUAUUUCCAAUUCAAAGCGAAUCCGGGCUUCUGGCAUAUCACAUUGAAGCCUGGUAGAUCUUCAAAGAUUUUCAAUAUUGACAGCGUAGGUCCGAAAGGAUAUGCUGCUCAACCUGACGACGAGACAACCUCAGUUGCACUGCUGUCAUUUCAAGGGGUAACAUUGUUCCCGCGGCUGUCGCGCAAACCUGGCAUGGAGGACGAAGAUGUGUUGGAGGCAUCGGGUGGGGCAAUGGACUACUUUAACAAAGGGGCGUCAUUUGCUUCCUCAGCACUGUCUUCACUUGGCCUGAAGACAGGCUCGUCAAACAACGCUGAUAUCAACAUUUUCUCAGUCGCAUCUGGCCAUCUCUAUGAACGUAUGCUGAAUAUCAUGAUGGUUUCUGUGAUGAAACACACGAAGCACAGCGUCAAGUUCUGGUUCAUCGAACAGUUCUUGUCUCCAUCAUUCAAGUCGACGUUACCGGACCUGGCACGACAUUAUGGUUUCGAUUACGAGAUGGUCACGUACAAAUGGCCACACUGGCUACGGGGGCAAAAGGAGAAACAGCGCGAGAUCUGGGGUUACAAGAUCUUGUUCUUGGAUGUCCUAUUCCCUCUGGACCUCGACAAAGUAAUCUUCGUGGACGCUGACCAGAUUGUCCGCACCGACAUGAUGGAACUAAACAGAGUCGACCUCAAAGGUGCACCUUACGGGUUUACGCCGAUGUGUGACUCUCGCACCGAGAUGGAAGGGUUCCGUUUCUGGAAACAAGGAUACUGGGAGACGUAUCUCCGCGGCAAGCCGUAUCAUAUCUCGGCUCUCUAUGUCGUGGAUCUGAAGCGUUUCCGUCAGCUUGCCGCCGGUGAUCGGCUACGACAACAGUAUCAAGCGCUAUCAUCGGACCCAAACAGUCUAAGCAAUUUGGACCAGGAUCUACCCAAUCAUAUGCAGCACGUCCUGCCUAUUCACAGCCUCAGCCAGGAGUGGCUCUGGUGUGAGACAUGGUGUAGUGACGAGAGUCUCGGCGUGGCGAAGACAAUUGACCUCUGUAACAACCCUUUGACAAAGGAGCCCAAGCUCGACAGGGCGAGAAGACAGGUCCCCGAAUGGACUGAAUACGAUGAGGAGAUUUCCGGAGUGCUGAAGGAGGCCGCGGGGAAGAGGAGGAUUCAGUCGCCCGAAGCUGACGCGGCCGCUGAAGAAAUUGUGGUCGAUGAGAGAAAGAGGGAUGAAUUAUGA